GCCUGGAAAGUCGGGGGGUUGAUUCCACCUCGGACUACCAAGCCAUCUUUGCGGGAAACAGUCUAUGCAAGACCAACCUGAGCGUUGCUAAGCUACUAGAGGGCUCCCUUCAACAGCUAAAGAGGUUCCCUGUGCCCCCUGAGCAUUCGGGUAGGCUGUCUACGGUGCAGCAGAUGCUGGGAAAUCGCGGAAGGUUCGACCUGGCAGACUUACAAGACCAGAUUGUUCAG